AUGGACGGGUUCUUCUGGAAGAUCUGGCUGGCGGUUGGAGCUCUCACAAUCGGUGGGACCUCCUCACUUCCGCGCAAACCGCUGACGUAUGACAAGGCCGUGGAGCUUGGCGUGGCCAUCUACAAUAGCAAAGCAGGAGAAGACUCCCUCUACCGUCUCCUGGAGGCUGUUCCUCAGCCUGAGUGGGAUCCUUAUUCAGAAAGCUAUCAAGAGCUGAACUUCACCAUCAAACAGACGGUGUGCCCUGUGGAAGAAGAAUUUUCCACGGAUGAAUGUGACUUCAAGGAAAACGGGCUGGUCAGACAAUGCACAGGCUACUACUUCCUGGAGGAGAGGCCCCCAGUGGCUGUCCUCACCUGUGACACCGUGGGGGGGACAGCGGAGGAGGAGGAGAAAGAGAAGAAGGAGGAGGAGGUGGUGGAGAAGGAGGAGGAGGAGGAAGAGGAGAAGGAGAGGAGGGAUUUCUGCUAG